GCGUGUCUGCUCUGUUUCUUUUUCUCCCUGCAGCCGGACAUAAACCAGCCAUCACCGCUGCCUCCACCUGAAAAAAUUGGUAAGAGAACUUGAUGAUUUUUGUUCUCCUCUUGUUCAAGAACAAGUCUAGGACUUAGAAAUCUUCUCCUUUGCAGAAAAUUCUCCAGAUCUGCUGUCUUCUUCCUCCCUUGCCGCCGGUUGCUGCUGGAUGUGAGCUUCGGUUUUCCUGGUAAAAAUCAGCCAUGUAACUCCUCUUUUCAGCCUUGAUGUAUGUGGGUUCACUCUAAUUUUCAUUUCUUUCAAUUGCUAGUGGUUCCCGUGGAAGCCCCCCAAUUUUCCGCCAGCUCUUCCCCCCAUACCCGCCAGCUCCAGCCUUGUUUGCUGAGGAUUUCUAGUAGGCUGGCUUCUCUAAUCUCCGAAAAAUUGAUUGAUUAAUUGCUGCUUUGUGAGUGUAAUUGGUUGUAGGAAUUGGCUUGGGUUGUCCGAAAAUCUACUGGGAAGAGGGGAUGAAUUCCGGUAGCCUUGCUAUGAGUUUUUAAGUUUAAUUAUGUAGGAAAUCCUUUAAUUGGGCUGCUGUGAUGUUGUAUGAAAGAAAAAGAGAAAAAUUCCGGAACUUGCCCUUUUUUUUUUUUUUGUCCAAGCCGGUUCUCCCAUUUCCUGUCCAUGAAUUUGGAAAAAUUGUAUAUGUGUAACUAUAUAUGUAUAUAUAAAUGCACAAUCUAAUGUUAUGUGCUCAAAUUUCAUAUAGGAGAAAAAGAAAAAUAAAUAAAGAAACAAAAUUUCUUUAUAGAUAUUCAUUCGAAAGUAUUGUGAUUAGGUCAUUGGUCGUCUUGUGAUCCUAGCACUUGGGUUACGCCUUUUGUCUUGUGCAAUUAAGGUAAGUAAAUUAUGGUAGCGCCUUUCGAUUUCAAAGCAUAUUUUAACUUGUAUUUGAGAUGGUAGCGAGGUUUAAAUGGAUUUAUUUGCAUUUGAGCAUGAUUAAAAAUGGAAAUGGAACUUUUAUUAUUUUUCUUAUUUUCUAGAAUUGAGCAUGCUCACGUGAGAUUCUUUCGGUUUAUUCUUGAAAGUGAGAACGAUUGUGAAUCGUGGUUUUUCUGUAAAUCUUGCUUGGUUUUGUCUCCGAUAUGGUCGUGUUAUUCGUGUGCCCGCUAGUGGGAGGUUUAUAAACGCUAGCACAUGUCGACGUGUUAUUGAUAGAACCGGUUCGCUUGUGUUAUCCUACUAGUGGGAUUAUACACUAGUAAUCGUGUGCCUGCCAGUGGGAGGUUUAUAACACUGGUCAUGACUAAUAGAGGAGACCACUAUUUAAUUUUGUUCUGCAUUAAUGGUUUGUUAUUGAGACGCUCUUUUUAUGUUUAAACUGUUUAUUUGGCAUGCUUUAAAUUUUGAUCCCGGGCAUCCAUAUUUACUUACUA